CUGGAGGGUGGGGCCCCCAGAGGGCAUGGAAGCUCUGCACCUCUGCUCCCAUACCUCACCCUACGCAUCUCCUCAACUGCAUCCUUUGCAAUAUCCUUUGUAAUAAACCGACAAGGUCUUGAUCUGUCACCAGGCUGAAGUGCAGUGGUACAAUCAAGGCUCACUGCAGUCUCAACCUCCUAGGCUCAAACAAUCCUCCCACUUCAGCCUCCCAACCAGCUGGGACCACAGGUUCACGUCACCACACCCAGGUGCCACUAGAGUAUGAAAAAGAAAACAUCCUGCAGCUAGCUCUGUGUCUGCCCAAAUGGCUGCCCAGUUUUGUGCUUGAAACCCAGGGCCUGGGUGGUGUAGGCACCCGAGGGAAUUGCCUGGUCUGAGGGCUGUGAAGAUCACGGAAAAGGCAUAGAGUCUGGGCCGGAAUGCACCGUUCAUCAUAGCACAUUCCCUCAUGGCUUCCCUUGGCUAGGGGAGGAAGUUCGCUGGCCCCUUGCGCUUCCCAGAGAAAGCGACCUCAAGAUACAGCUGGCAACUGAGGAAAAGGCCUCAAUUCAGCAAGAGCUAACAAGCUUAAGGAAUUUAUUUUGGAAUCUUUAAAAGACUCUUCUGCUUACCCACCAUCUGGGAUCCACUGCAGGAAAACAAAAAAGGAAAACUUAAUUUAAAAGAAGCAAGAAGUAAAAUGGGACAAAUUGGGAAUGUUUAAGUCUCUGAAACUCUGCACUGAAAAGAAAAUACGAUUGAUAACUUAAGCUUAACAUUCUGAGGCAUGAAGAAACAUUAACCUUGGAGUAUUCAUCUUAACUACUGAAAUACAAGUUUAGAAGACAAGUGGUUUCCUUCUGGUCACAGAUCACAGCUUUUCUUUAAAUUUAUGAUUCUAUGGGUUGGCCUCGUUGACUGUAUUUUUUAAAGGUUGCUCAUCAGUUAACUGAGCCUUGGAAUUCAUGGAUUUUCUAAAGACUAACAAAUGAAAAUAUUUUCCUGUUGAAGAACCCAGCGGAAAUUUUACAGCAACAAAUUUCAUGUUUCUUUUGGAUAUUUCUGAUAAAAAGGAAAUAUUUAUAAAACCAUCCAAAGAUCCAGAUAAUUUGCAAAUAAAUUGGAGGUUAUAGAGGUUAUAAUCUGGAUACCAAAGGAGACUGCAGCUGAUGAAAGUGCUUCCAAACUGAAAAUUGGACGUGCCUUUACGAUGGUAAGCGUUAACAGCUCCCACUGCUUCUAUAAUGACUCCUUUAAGUACACUUUGUAUGGGUGCAUGUUCAGCAUGGUGUUUGUGCUUGGGUUAAUAUCCAAUUGUGUUGCCAUAUACAUUUUCAUCUGCGUCCUCAAAGUCCGAAAUGAAACUACAACUUACAUGAUUAACUUGGCAAUGUCAGACUUGCUUUUUGUUUUUACUUUACCCUUCAGGAUUUUUUACUUCACAACACGGAAUUGGCUAUUUGGAGAUUUACUUUGUAAGAUUUCUGUGAUGCUGUUUUAUACCAACAUGUACGGAAGCAUUCUGUUCUUAACCUGUAUUAGUGUAGAUCGAUUUCUGGCAAUUGUCUACCCAUUUAAGUCAAAGACUCUAAGAACCAAAAGAAAUGCAAAGAUUGUUUGCAUUGGCGUGUGGUUAACUGUGACCGGAGGAAGUGCACCCGCCGUUUUUGUUCAGUCUACCCACUCUCAGGGUAACAAUGCCUCAGAAGCCUGCUUUGAAAAUUUUCCAGAAGCCACAUGGAAAACAUAUCUCUCAAGGAUUGUAAUUUUCAUCGAAAUAGUGGGAUUUUUUAUUCCUCUAAUUUUAAAUGUAACUUGUUCUAGUAUGGUGCUAAAAACUUUAAAUAAACCUGUUACAUUAAGUAGAAGCAAAAUAAACAAAACUAAGGUUUUAAAAAUGAUUUUUGUACAUUUGAUCAUAUUCUGUUUCUGUUUUGUUCCUUACAAUAUCAAUCUUAUUUUAUAUUCUCUUGUGAGAACACAAACAUUUGUUAAUUGCUCAGUAGUGGCAGCAGUAAGGACAAUGUACCCAAUCACUCUCUGUAUUGCUGUUUCAAACUGUUGUUUUGACCCUAUAGUUUACUACUUUACAUCGGACACAAUUCAGAAUUCAAUAAAAAUGAAAAACUGGUCUGUCAGGAGAAGUGACUUCAGAUUCUCUGAAGUUCAUGGUGCAGAGAAUUUUAUUCAGCAUAACCUACAGACUUUAAAAAGUAAGAUAUUUGACAAUGAAUCUGCUGCCUGAAAUAAAACCAUUAGGACUCACUGGGACAGAACUUUCAAGUUCCUUUAACUGUAAAAAGUGUCUUUUUGGACAAACUAUUUUUCCACCUCCAAAAGAAAUUAACACAUGGACAUUUUAAAGUCUUUAGUGUAAAGAAAAUUUGUAUUCAAUGUGUUAAGCAUUAACAUGUAUUUUAUUUGUGUAUCCACUCCAUCUGAUUUUUCUGAGCCAUUUUGAUUUGUUCCUUCAUUAAAAAAACUCUUAAAGUUA